UCAUCUUUUUUGCUUUUUUGUUUUUUUUUUGUUUUUGUUUUCCAUGCAUGCCAAGUUAUAAUCUUUUUUGGUUUUUUGUGUUUAUAGGGGUGAUUCUCAACUUGGGUCGUUUCUGUUUUUUUAUUUUAUUAUAUAUUAUAUAUGUUUGAUUUCGUGUGUUUUAUUUUAUUAUUAUUAUGUGAAUGCUGAGAUUGAAAAGAAAAGAAAAGGCCUUUGUAUAAAGUUGAAGAGUCAAGUGCUCAUGAAGUUUAUAUUUUGUAGUUUUCUUUAAUUGUCUUUUUGGCUCUAGAACUUUUUCUUUCAAAUGGGAUACUUGAAAAAGGUUCAAAAUCUGGUGAUUAUGAACUGAUUUUUCUUCUCUGAAAAAAUUACAAAAUUUGGGACCAAUAAUUAGGCCAUAACACACUUCUUCAAAGGAAUUUGUCCGAUGAUUGAGUUACAUUUUAGCCAAGGAUAUAUUGACCAAGUCAAAAGAGAAUGCCCAUAUAGAAGAAGUUGCUAUCAAAAUAUUUGCAACUCAAUAAUAAUAAUUCAAAUUACGGAAAAGUACAUAUUCAUUUCAUUGAACAAGUUUUUUUCUUUCUUAUAGUAUCAAAUAUGCCCACUUAAAUGUCAUUUUCAAAUAGCACCAUUACACUAUUUAGAGUUAUCUAAUCUAAUAGGGCAUUUUUAUCUAUCUUUCUUUCUUUCUUUCUUGAUAGUUAUUUUCUACUUUCCUUUGAUAAUUGUGGAAUAAUGUUAGCUUUAUAUGCUUCUGAUAUAAGCUGUCUCAAUCUUGAUUCGUUUUUAGAUGUGUGAGAUGAAAAAUCCUUUAUGGAAGAAGAGAAGAAGAAUUUUUUAUUUUUUUUUAUUUUUAUUGUUAUAGUGCUUUUCAAUUCCAAAUGUUUGUUCAAACUAAGCUGUUUCUAUAUAUUGAACCAAAACCAAAAUUGCAUGAGUUCCCCUUCUUUACUUGAACCAUUGAUUUUUUACUAAAACAUGUCCUAACAUGUCACAUGGGACACAAAAUCACAUUUUUCUAUUUUUGAACACAAAAAUACCAAAUUAAUCUCAUAUUAGAACAUGGAAGAUUGGUUAAUGAAAAACAGACCAAUAACUUGGUAAACAACAGAAUGUCAUGAUGUUUUUUUUUUCUUUCAUGAGAGAUAAUAAGUAGAAAAAGAGUUGUUCUAGAUUGGAUUUUGGGGACCCCCUUUUCUCCUCCUUCCAUAGUAAGAAAUAUGAAGAAUUAUUAUACUUCUCAUUUGCUUAAAGCAAAGGAUGAUAUUUCUAGCCAAAUAAGUGCUCAGAUUUUUGAGUUUUGUGAUCAUGAACUGUUCCCUGAGACACUUCAGAAUUCUGAUGAAGUUACUUCUUGCUCAAAUUGUUGCUAUGAAGUGAACUCAUCUUAUGCACUGCCUCAAGAUAUUGAAAAAUUCAGUGCCUAUGCUGCUGAAAACAAUGGCAUUAGCACAACCGAGGCUGGCUCAAUCCCAACAGCUACAAGCACCAACACCAACACCAACACCAACACCAACAACAACACUAACAAUAGUAACAACAUCUCAAUCAUAUUUGAUUCACAAGAAGAAAUGGACAAUGACAUAUCAGCUUCAAUUGAUUUCUCUCCAUCCCCUUCAUUUUCUGUCCCUCCUUCAUUAAUGCUUGGAACACAACAGGACCAAUUCGAUUUCUCUUCGCUACAGCAGCCUGCACAGAUGUCAUUAGCAGAUUCUGUUGUUGUUGAUGGUUUUUCGGUACAACAGUACCCUGGUGGUGACUCUGUUGGCCCUCUUAUGUCGGCGGCUUCUUUGCCAUCUGUUUUCGAAGAUGAUUGUUUGUCUUCGGUGCCUUCUUAUGUCCCUCUCAACCCUUCUUCUCCUUCUUGCUCUUUCCUUGGCCCCAGCAUAGGAUCAUACAUGACUGCAGGGUCCAUAAAUGCUGCUGCUUUGUCUGUUGACACUUCUGGGAUUUUUAACACUAGUAUUCUCAUGGCUUCUGAGUUGCAACAACAAGAAUUGGAUUAUCAAGGAGACACUUCUGGACUUUAUUGUACUGAUACUAUGCAAAGGGUUUUCAAUACUGGUGAACUUCAGGCACUUGGAAGUGAGUCUCAACAAUUGAUGAGUGGAGUUGGGAAUUCUAAUUCUUUAACACCUGAUAUUCCAAGUAUGGGGGACCAAACUUUCAAAGUAGGGAAGCUUUCAGUUGAACAAAGGAAAGAAAAGAUACACAGAUACAUGAAGAAAAGGAAUGAAAGGAACUUCAGCAAGAAAAUCAAGUAUGCCUGUCGAAAAACACUUGCAGAUAGCCGCCCUCGAGUUAGAGGAAGAUUUGCGAAAAAUGAUGAUUUUGGUGAGACCCCAAGAACUAAUUCUGGCAAUCAUGAAGAGGAUGAUGAAGAAGAAGUUGUUGUGAAAGAGGAGGAUGAUAUGGUUGAUUCAUCAGAUAUAUUUGCUCAUAUUAGUGGAGUGAACUCAUUCAAGUGUAACUAUCCCAUUCAAUCCUGGAUUUGAUCUAGUUUUUUUCAUUUUAAUUUUUCACUGGUAUUAGAACUAUCUACCAAUUUUGCAGGACCCUUUUCCAACCAAGAUUUAUUGUCUUGGUUAAAUAAUAAAAAAUGAAUAAAUGGGUCAUUAUAUACAAUAUAUAUAUAUGUAUAACUAAUGUAUAAAUCAUGUCAAGCUUAUGUAUAUGUAGAAAGUGAAUAACAAUAUAAUUUUUGUAGAUAUUUAUUCAAAUUUCAAUGUACCAAAGCAACUUCAAGAAAUCCUUUGAUAUUCAA